AAUAACAACAAUUGCCGGACCCCAAAUGACAGCUUUGGUUUUCAUUAACAUGCUCGUGUCACUUCUGCGUGUUUGCAAAUUACCUGUGGUAAACGAUCGUAUUCGCUGCUUCAACUUUAUACACGACGGAAACGAAUAUAAAAGAUGUGCAGGACUUGCAACAGUCAACAGUUGAACAAGCGUGUCAUAGCGGUGCACAUUUAGCAGUUGGCUCAAAGUCAGUCUGCAAAUAUUUUUACUAAAUUUAUUGAGGAUACGAAUUUGUAAGAGUUCUUUCUAUACUUUACCCAGCGAAUUGAAAGCGAUAAGUCAUGUCGGCGAUACUACGUUGUUGUUUUCUCCUGCUUAUUGUCGUGGUGCUCUUGAGUGCUCACAACACCUCGGCCAGUAACUCGCGGCCGCCACGCAACAAUGACAUCAGCAAUAUGGCCGACGCACUAAGAUAUUUACAGGACCUGGACGCAUACUAUGGCGAUCGGGCGCGUGCCAGAUUCGGCAAGCGCACACCAUUGGUACAGCUUUUGCGGCAACACCUACUGGAAAACCCAGAGCUGUUACACAACGCUGAAUAUAAGUCAGUGGAUGAAGUCUAUUAAAUAACUACCUGGAGCCCUCUAAUUAAAAGCAACGGACAAAGAAGCAAAUGAAAUAAAAGCCUAACGCCAGCCACAUCUGUAAACAAUAUAAUAACAUCACAAAGUUAAAGUCAUAUCGAAUCUCUUCAGUAAUCUUCUGAAAACUUUUGGAGCAAGUUUUUUUGAAUUAUACUAUAAUGUGUAUGUAUUUUUGAACAUCUGCCCGAGUUUUUAUUAAUAAAAGUAGUAAUAUAAAGAAAAUAGUUGUACAAAUAUAUAUAUGCACUUUUAAAGUGAACAAAAGAAAACCAAACGCAAUUAGUUAUUUCUAAACGAUUUAGGAUUGUAACAACAAGAUUUUAGAAUUAUAGUCUGCAUGUAGAGAAGCAUGGGACUGGACGAGAAAAAUACUAUAAGUAGAACAGAAAUUUCUAACUGUAAUCGAAAUAGGCUGUAAACUACAAUUAUAAUAAAACUACUGAUUCCGGAUUGAAAAUUAACUGGUCCGAAAAAACAAGACAAGUGCAAAUUAGUUAUUGAGUUCAGUAUUUCUAGUGCGAUAGCUGUCUGUAUAUUAGCAAUAAGGGAAAUUUUCAGCUUAGCCAGUAUAGUCAUAAAUGAUCAAAAUUAACAAAUUUAUAGUGCAAAUAAUCCUAAACAGACUCCUUAUGGUCCCUUACAUCCAGGAAAAGUUACUGCCUGGUUUGAUGUACAUACAUCUCGAAGGCAUUAUUGGUUCCUACCUUUUUCAAAACUGAUGAUAAAGGCAAACUAAACGUCAAUAAUACCAUUUUUUGAGUCGAGUCGUGAUUAGUUGUUAUAUAAGUGCCAAAUAAUUAUAAGUAUAUAGGAUAUAGCCAAUCUAAGCUAUUAUAAAUAACCGUUAGUUGAAAAAAACUAAUAUUUAUUCGCUCGAGCUCAAGCGCAACAACUUUACGGCUCAUUAUUAUUAUUGGGCUGCUUACCUAUAAUGCUACAAUUAAAUACAAAAUUGGCAGUAAAAACGUAAAUAUUUAAACAUAUCGACACGGUUAUCAAAGUAAAUAUGUAUGUAACGGUGCCGUUCAAAGCAUGGGAAUUCCGAUUGAUAUAUAAAUAGAUCUGAAGCGUGACGCAUGAAAAGUGUUAAGUAGGCACAAUCCUGUUGUCUAUCAUUAACGAUAACAAUUAACCAUUUAAUAGCAUACCCAAUAAUCUCAGGCCUCACAAAAACAAAUAUAAGCACAUAUCUAGUUUCAUACAACUGAUUUGUCGCUAGUCAGUGUUUGUCUACUAAUGGCAAUCGACGCUUCUCGUUAUCAGCGAAAGCUUUCAAUUAUUUGGUUUGUGAUUUCAAAGUAAACCAAUUAUGAUUUCACUUCAAAUGUAUAAAAAUCAUCAUGAACGAAUGUCAGUCGUCUCAAAUGAGUGCGAUAAAAGUGGCCAGCAGUUGUGAGGUGAGUCACGAGUAAGUGCCAGUGAAAGUGCCGCUAACCAAACAGAUAUGUGGGGCUGCGCGAAAGGAUUAGGUUAAACUGAAAUUCAACAAGUUAAGCAUGGCAAUACAAUCGGAAUUCCAUCAUAAAUGAU